UCUUUGUUGCGACGACGCUGGGUAAAUCAUCUGGACACUGGGUCUCACUAUCGCCAAAUAUAUUUGGAGAUCGGCUUCGGCUACGGCUUGGCAGACAUUUUUUUCUUUCUACAAUUUUAAAUUAAAUUUAUUAGAAUAAAUGCUUCGAACACACGCGAUCUAAGUACCUUUUGUGUUUAUUAUACCUUACCUACCUAGGUAUAAAAAGAGUACUUACGUAGAUUUUCUUUUAUUAACUGUUUUAUACGAAGAUCUUGAUCUCUCAAAUUAGCAUCCAUUUUACUUCCAGUGAUUAUCAACUAAAUUAAUAAUCCACAAAGUAUUAAAUAACGUUUUUAUGAAAUAUUUAGCACAAAAACAAUACCCUUUAAAUAUCGAUCGUCAGUAACUGUGGCUGACUUACCUAUAUUCUAGCAAGCAGGACUGCCAGAUGUGAAGGGGAAAUCCCCAAUAAAUUGUUGCAUGUGACUGAUGAUGUGAGCAUGUUCGUUUCAUAAUAAAAAUGUUGCCAGGUAACCAAAAAGUCGUAUGUUUUUGUGCGAAUUACGAUCAUAAUCUUUACGAUCGUACAUUAAAAAAUAGACAAAUAAUAGUAUGAGUACAAUUUAAAUCGUAUAUCUGUCAACCCUGCUAGCAAGACAGCGACAAAAUCACGUUGCAUAACAAUGUAGCCCAAGCUUAUAUCUUAUGAAAUAUACGGAAGAGAUACGGACUUAGAAAAAACAGAAAUGUUGUUCUUUGUGGAAGUCAUUGAUGAAAUUCUAUGUAUUUUAGCCCGCAAACUUUCUUCAAACAAAAACAGCGCCAUCUAGUAUCGAGUUCUGUAAUUAUCUCUUUGUUUAUGGAUUUGAAGUAAGACCGCCACGCAUGCAAUACAUUAUGACUGGGGAUUCCCCUAUUCGUCGACGCUGAAUAUGAGGCGACGACAAUCACUGUCAAACGUGUUCACUAUUACUCUGACUCUGGUAACGUGACUUCCUGGUAACGUGUUAGGUAGGAAAAGCAGUAAAAAAGUGCAUAUUAAGGGAGCAGAUUUGAAAUAAUAUUUAUACUUAACAAGAAAUAAUUAAAGGUUCAAUGGGGAGACCUAAAGAUUUACGCAUAUGGGAGCACUACCGUACUUUACCAAACAAGUCUGUUUCUUGCAAGCUUUGUAAUAAGGUCUACAAAUUCAGUAAUGCUGCCAAAAUGCUUCAACAUCUUAUCACUUGUCCAAAAUCUCCAGAAACAUUAAAAGACUCUAUGAAACUUAUAAAAGAUAGCUCGUCCAAAACCAAAAUGUCUGGACUGUCAGAGAUAGAGACAAAUGAUUCUUUUAUAAGCCCCUCGUCGUCUGCUAACACUACAAUAAAUGCUGAGUUUCAAGACACCGAUGAUCAUAUAAAAACAGAAUUAGCGAGAGCUAUAUUUGUAACAGGGACGCCAUUAUCGAUGGUGCAACAUCCUUUAUGGAUACAAUUUUUCGAAAAAUUGCAACCAAAAUUUAAAAUACCUUCACGUAAAGCUUUAGCGACAAAAUACUUAGAUAAAAUAUAUAGAGAAAUGCGUUUUGAGUUAAAUGAGGAACUAAAUGCUUGUAGUUACUUACACCUUCAGUGCGAUGGCUGGUCUAAUUUAAGAAAUGAAGGAAUAAUAAACUUUCUUAUAUCAAAACCUCAACCUGCAUACGUUAAAAGUUUGAAUACAGAAAGUAAUCCUCACACUAGUGAAUACCUUAGCCAAGAAGUUGAAAAAGUAAUGAAAGUGUAUGGAGCAAAUAAGUUUCUUGUACUUAUUGGCGAUAACGCUAGAAAUAUACAAAAGGCAUUCGAAUUAACAAAACUCAAAUAUCCACAUGUUGUUCCUCUCGGUUGCUGUGCACAUAUCCUUAACUUGUUGUGCCAAGAUAUUGUAAAGAUACAAGAAGUAACUGUGUUUAUUAUGCAAGCCAUAAAUAUAAUAAAAACUGUUAAAAGGAGUCAACGAUUAAGUUCCUUGUUGAUAAAAUCAAGGCAGGGUGAAGAUUCUACACAAACACUAAAAUUGCCUUGUGCUACAAGAUGGGGAAGUCAUGUUACUUCGUUAAAAAGUUUGAAAGCAAAUAAGAUAGCUUUGCAAAUAUUAACAGUUAGAGAAGAUGUGGUAAUUUCAAGAGAUAUUAAAGAUUUAAUUCUAAGUGAUGAUUUCUGGACGAAGACAGGGGAAUGUAUAAGUAUUUUGGAACCAGUCACUGAAAGCAUAUUUUACUUAGAGAGCGACCAGAAUCGUUUGCAUCGCACAUACAUUACAUUUAGAGAUGUACAAGCUAAGAUACGUUUUGCAUUAAAUGAGAUUUCGACAUUGAGCGAAGAAAGCAAACAGCAGAUUCUAACAUCAGUAUCUUCAAGAUGCAAUAUGGCAAUGAGGCCAAUACAUUUUGCAGCAUAUAUUCUAGACCCCAGGACUCUAGGAGUCGAACUUACUCAAGAGGAAGAACUUAAGGGUAUGGAGUUUAUCUACAAUUUAAGCCAACACUUAAGUUUGUCAAAUGUAAUGGCAGAUUUGGCGUGUUAUAAAGCUAAAGAAAACUUUUGGGCCAGAGGAUUUGUAUGGAGCUCAUUAGAUAGCAUUGAGCCCCUAAUAUGGUGGAAAGGUAUUUGUGGUUCCACUGAGUUAAGAAAAAUAGCGAUUCGUAUUCUAUCAGCUCCCUGUACUUCGGCAGCCACUGAGCGUUCCUUUAGUAUCCAAGGCUACAUACAUAAUAACAAAAGAAAUCGACUUACAACUGAAAGAACUGAAAAAAUUUCAUUCAUUUGUUAUAACUGGAAUCUUAAACAUAAAGCUGAAUGCGAGGACAUUCAGUUUAAUGAAGAAAAUACCUUAGAAGCUUUCAUUGAGCAAGUAAAUGAACAUAACAGUUUAGACGAAAUAGAGCCUAUCGAACCUAUACAAUUCAUCGCUUGUAAUAACUCUGAAUCUGACAGUGAUUGACUGUAGUUUUACAUUUUACUUUCAUCUCUUUCUUAAUAAACUCAAAAUCAAAUUAAAAGUUUUUUAUUCUGUAGGCUGCAUAAUAAUAUUGUCUAUGUCCAGUAUAGUGGACGUCUUGCGGCUGAGAUGACGAUGAUGAAGUACAAAAUCAUAAACACCCAAAAAUUUGGGUGUUUAUGGGGUUUAAACCCAAUAAACCCAAAACACCCGGUUUUUACCCACCAGACUUUAAACCCACCCAGGUGGAUUGCCCAUCU